UGGAACCUGAAGAAGGUUCGGCGUUUGAAGCUCAACUCGAAACGAGUACAGUAUGGAUGUUGUUGCUUGCGUAGGCGUGCUACUUCCUUUCCCAUUCUACUUUUGGCUAUGGACGUAUCCUCAGACAUGGGUGGAUUUGUGUGGGAAAGCGAGAGACCCUUCAAAGGUGAUGGCUCAUGUCUCUCACCUCUUAAAGCUCCUUCAGCUUCUCUCUCUCAUCUCUGUGGCUUCUAUCUCUUGGCCUCCUCCUCUGUACUUCUGGCCUCUCUUUAUUCUGGGUCAAUUCCUCAACUUCAGGGUAUAUCAGUUGCUUGGUGAGUCAGGUACUUACUAUGGUGUGCGCUUCGGGAAGAAUAUUCCUUGGGUGAUGGAAUUCCCCUUUGGGUACAUAAAGGAUCCGCAAUAUGUAGGUAGUAUUAUGAGUCUGCUUGCAUGUUUGUGUUGGGUUCCAUUUCUGUACAUCUUUCUAUGGGUUCUGGGUUAUGUGUUUAUGAUUUGGGUAGAGUCAAAGGACGAUCCGGCAACUCGUGCUAAACCAUUUGCUUGAUUGCUUCCAUUAUCUUAACUGGUUGUUCUUUCGAUUAGCAACUCUCUCUCAGUUGAGGAAAAUGGCAUUUUGGUGAAUUAGCUUUCUAUUUGUCGCCACCCCUUCAAUCAAAAGAAAAUUUUUUCUGUAUUAAGAUUAGUCAAUCUUUAUUGUAAUCUUGUACCUUAGUGAGAUCUUCUAAGAUCUUAAUUUCAACUCAUAAAGUGGCUUCUUUUGAAGAAAUUACGUCUAUCUUUUCAGAAUGUGCUUGACGUGGGUUUGUGAACUUCAAAAGAAGG